AUGUGUCUGUGGUGUGCCACGCGCCCCAACACCCAGAGUCACAGGAAAAUGAAAGAGCCCUUCUCGUGGAUGGCUUCUGUUACCUGCAGUUGGGACAUGAAACCAUGGUUCGAACCGGACUUUUGGUCCGGUUCUCCGUGGUUCGGUCCACGGUUCUCACACCAGCCAGAACUGGACCGGAAAAUGGUUCUCGGUUCCAGGUCUUCCCCAAUGGUCCCAUUCUGGUUCGGCCUUGCCGAACCAUUCCAAACUGUUAUUGACUUUGACUUUGACUGUGACAACUUCAGUCUCCAUGUCAAACUGUUGUCUUCAGGAUUCGCACUACUGGUUAAUCAGGCUACCUUUAGCCUUUUUGAAGAAUCAUGUGUUGUCAAGGCGCACAUCAUACUCAUGGAAGCAUCGGCACUGGAACAAAUGACCGCACAACCCAUCACACACCAUGCCACCUGCGCUUAUGUUGAUUUAUCAUCUUCGCUAGCGCUCAGCGUUCAUUUCUGUGUGCUCGUGCACAUCUAUGACCACCACACUGCAUCCGAUACCACCAGCACCAUGCGCAAAUGCCCAACACACGCCAGCAAACGGCACCAGGACACCAAAGAUGAGAAAAGGAUGAGAUGCGGCACUCAUUCUUGCUCACAUGCAGCACAUGUAGACUCGACUCUGGAUGAGGAGUUGCAUGUCUUACAUGCAGCCUUCAUUGCCAAGAACUGCACCGUCCUCACUUCCUACUUUCACGUUCCUCCAGGCACAUCAGCAUCUUCAGCAGCUACAGAGGCAGAGAUGGUUUGGACCAGAAAAAAACCGAACCAGACCACAGAGAACAGUUCUCUGUGGUCCGGUUCGGGGUUCGAAGAUUUUGCAGAACCAGACCAUGGUCCAGUUCUCGGUUCUCAUCCAGGACCCUCUGAACUGGACCGAACUGGACCAUGGCAGCACUACUUGGGCAUUGUUGGCAGGAAUGAAGCCAUGGGCAGCCAUGCGAGCAGUGUCCACGGAGGAUGCAAGUGGGAGGAGAAUGCGAGAUGGGAGAGCAGGGUCUGA